AUGUCUCACUACGAUACCCCACCCCACUUGCAGCCAAUGCCGCGUGCUCUCCGUGAUCACGCGCAGCGUCUUCGCCAAGAGUACAAGAGUAAUUUCCAGAACGAGAUUCGUCACCGAAAGGAGAUUUCGCGCAUCUUACGGGCCGAAGAUUUGAGCGAGGCAAGAUUCGGGGAUCACUGGAAGUGGAUCAACAACAAGCUCCGUGGCGGAAAGUGGACAAUGCGCGACCUGACGCGGGCGUGCAUUGUCAUCAAGAAGUUGCCGCAGUUCGGUCUACAUCAUUCGCUUAUCGAGAAACCCUACAUGGUUAAAAUUGUCGGAAACCCCAAACACCUAGAGGCUGACGCCUGGUCAGAGAGGAGCGCCGGUACGCGAGGAAACAUAGAAGCCGACGCGCCGGCCAAUGCCGAUGCCGGUCGCAAGAAGAACACCACAGUCACAAACAGCUCUCUGGGACUCUUCAACACCGAGAACAGACGAGAUGACACCUCGCGAGAAAACCCUGGCGUAAACGGCCCCCAGCUUCUACUCCGUUUCCCAGAUGGAGACCGACCCUUCCCGAAGUUCUUGGUCUGUCCGUCCGCCCGGGAGCGCGCCAAUCUCUCUGAGCCCGCGAGGGUUUUAGCUAUCUCGGGCAUGAUUGCUCAGCUCCCGCAAACCAUUAGGCAUACCCUGCGAGAGACCAUCAUCGGCCAAAUCAAGCAGGCCGACCUCCGAAAAAGACCGUCUGGCCUGCCCUUUAUGAAUCGAAUCAAAAAGGCCUCGAAGACAAAGGAGGACAAGGUGUCUCUGGUGGAUGUUGUCCAGGGCCUGGCACAUACGCACUGGAAGGCGGGCGAGAACGGCGCCUACAGCUUCUUCUACGAAUCACUUCUGAGUAUGGGCAUUGAGGCGGUCGCAGACUACGAUUUCGACUGGUCUAACAUCCAUGGGACUAACGUCCUUGAUGGUGAGGGCAAGGAACUGAGGAUCACCACAAGCAUCCCACCCAUCGGAAGAAAAGUCGCUGCCCGAUUCCGAAAGCGUUUUGAAGAUACCAAAGAGGGAAAGAGGCUACUCGCCGACAAGACGAAAUUCUAG